CAAAGCAAUCAACCUCAUUUACUUCCAACCCUUCACGCUUUAGAUUGCUCAUCUUGUUCUUGUUUUUGACAAAGUGCUGGGCAGCAACUGCAAGAACCAAUCUGACUUUUUCUUCUAUUCACUGGACACUGGCCACUGGCGUGUGUUUGGAUUUCUUUUUUCUUUUUCUUUUUUUCAUAUGAAUUUUUAAAAGAUUGGACCUUUUAUAGUUCCCACGGUGCAAGCUCUGGACCUUUCUGUGUGCUUUAUUUCUUUAAUUUAUUAUUGAAAGUUUGCAUUGAUUGAAAGUAGCUGGAAUGGCUACUUUUCCAGGAACAGUUCCUCGAAUGAUGCGACCAGCACCAGGCCAGAACUACCCUCGAACCGGAUUCCCAUUAGAAGUCUCAACGCCUCUGGGGCAAGGUCGAGUGAACCAGCUUGGUGGAGUUUUCAUCAAUGGCAGGCCACUACCAAAUCAUAUUCGACACAAAAUAGUGGAGAUGGCCCAUCACGGAAUCCGACCAUGUGUGAUCUCAAGGCAGCUGCGGGUUUCACACGGCUGUGUGUCCAAAAUCCUCUGUCGGUACCAGGAGACCGGUUCCAUUCGCCCUGGAGCUAUAGGUGGAAGUAAACCCAGGCAAGUUGCAACACCCGACGUCGAAAAGAGGAUUGAGGAAUACAAACGCGAGAAUCCAGGGAUGUUCAGCUGGGAAAUCCGGGACAAGCUGCUGAAGGACGGGGUGUGUGACAGAGGCACGGUUCCUUCAGGUGAGGCCUCUUCCGUAAGUUCCAUUAGCCGGGUUUUGAGAGCUCGUUUUGGCAAGAAAGAUGACGAUGACGACUGUGAUAAAAAGGAUGAAGAUGGAGAAAAGAAAACCAAGCACAGCAUCGAUGGGAUUCUCGGGGAUAAAGGUAAUCGUACAGACGACGGUUCGGACAUAGAGUCAGAGCCAGACCUGCCCUUGAAAAGGAAACAGAGGCGAAGCCGUACCACCUUCACAGCUGAACAAUUGGAGGAACUAGAGAAGGCCUUCGAGAGAACGCACUAUCCCGACAUCUACACCAGAGAAGAGCUCGCGCAGAGAACCAAACUGACAGAGGCUCGUGUACAGGUGUGGUUUAGCAACCGAAGAGCCAGGUGGCGAAAACAAGCAGGAGCCAAUCAGCUUGCAGCAUUCAACCACUUGUUGCCCGGAGGAUUCCCGCCCACUGGAAUGCCAACUUUACCCACCUAUCAACUUCCAGAAUCUACAUAUCCCGGCACCACUCUCUCACAAGAUGGCAGCGGUACAUUACAUCGGCCGCAGCCUCUUCCACCUUCCUCCAUGCAUCAGGGUGGACUCUCCGCGGACAGUAGCUCCGCCUACGGCCUCUCGUCCAAUCGCCACACCUUCUCCAGCUAUUCAGAAACAUUCAUGAGCCCAUCAGCUUCAAGCAACCACAUGAACCCUGUGAGCAACGGCCUCUCGCCACAGGUGAUGAGUAUUUUGAGUAACCCCAGUGGGGUCCCCUCCCAGCCUCAGCACGAUUUCUCCAUCUCUCCUCUCCACGGCAGUCUGGAAGCAUCUAACCCCAUCUCAGCGAGCUGCAGUCAGCGUUCAGACCCCAUCAAGAGUGUGGACAGUCUUGCCUCCUCCCAGUCCUACUGUCCCCCAACAUACAGCACAACCGGCUACAGCAUGGACCCUGUCACUGCUGGCUACCAGUACAGCCAGUAUGGCCAAACCGCUGUCGACUAUCUGGCCAAGAACGUGAGUCUGUCGACUCAGCGAAGGAUGAAGUUGGGUGAUCAUUCUGCAGUGCUGGGACUUCUUCAAGUGGAGACAGGACAGGCUUACUGAGUCCGCCUGAAUGCUUGGAUGCCCAAUGUCCCAUCUGAACACGGCACACAAUACAUACUCCCACGCUCUCAAACGUACCCACACCUCCUUGAACCUGGUGGAGAUUUUUAACGCAACGUUCUCAACUGCGUUUCAACGUGUGUGUAGUCCAGAGAGACAUUACUCUGUGAUUUUCGAGAAAAGAAACUCUUGCCAUUCCAGUUGAUGUGACAGACUGUCUCCACAUCAUUUUUGCCUGGUUUUGUUCCUCUAAACCGGAUAAAGAGGACCAAUGGCACAUCAACGGAACGCAUUCCAAGCCAUUUCCAAAAUGUACUUUCACCUUAAUGUGCAAAGUUGUAUAUGAACCCUAGUGUCAUGAAAACGAAUAAUCUAUCUGGUUUUCUGUUGAUAUUGUUAUUACGAUUGCCCUCACAGUUGUUGUAAUUUUAAUUAUCGUAACUUUUGUUUUGUUUAGUUGUUUUGGAAUACACACAUUGUAUUUUUUCUCAUUUGAAUCCGAAGACUUUAUAAAAUUCUAGCCGUGGGCGAAGACAGGGGUUUGUGUGUGUAUGAGUUGAAAGUGUGACUGCUGGUUUUCCACUUUCUCCAACACUAGAGCCAUAAUGUUCCUCAGCGAUUUGACCUUCACUGCCAUCAUAUUUCACUCGACAUUCCAUACGAACAUGGCUACUCUGUGGGAAGUCUAGCUUUGGACAUUCUGUUGGGAUUAGCAGGGCUUUUUGGAGGACCAACUAUUUUUCCCCAUUUCCUUAAAUGCCUGCUCUGUCCUUAGUGAUCAUCUAGAGGGAAGUAAUUGGUAUUGUUUGGAAAACAGGAUUUGGAAGAAAGCAAUGAGUUUUAUUGUUUUAUUUCCAAAGAAAGGAGCAACACUUGCACCCAAUAUAGAUGAAUAAAAUUAAGCCACACUGCAAGAAAUAAUUGUAUUACUUAGUAUAUUUGGCUUGUUUUCAGAAAAAGAAAAAUCUCAAUAUCCUUAAAACAAGGUACAUUUAUUUGAAAAGCAAGAUGGCAUAAGAUAUUCAUAUGAAGUCUUGUUUGACUUUUUUUCAAUAUUUAGGGAGGUUUAUGCUUAAAUCAUGAAAAAAAACAUUUGCCAGUAGGUUUAGAAAAAUAAGCUUAUUUUCCCUUUGAAUUAAAUUGAUAUUUCUUGGCUAUUGGCAAAUAAUGUUUUCUUGUUUUAAGCAUAAAUUUCACCUAAUUUUAUUAGAUUGCUCUUUAAACAAGACAUAAUGUCUUAAGUCAUUUUGCUUCUGAAGCAAAUCUUGUUUUAAGUAUAUUUAAAUAUUUUUACUGGAAAACAAGAUGAAAAUACUGAGUGAUAAUAAAACAUUUUAUGCUGAUUUUGAAAUAAACAGCUACAUUUAAACAUUCCUCAUUAAUUGUACAGAUUUGGACACCUCAUUCUCAUCCUUGCAUUCUCUUUAUCUGUUUUUCUAUUUCUCUCUCUCCAUUUUUAAAACGAAAUGAUAUGAAAACAAACAACAUUAGGGCUGCUGUAAUUUUAGAAUUCAUGCAUUCACAGGUAUGUACAAAAAAAAGGUUGCCAUUUGUGUAGGACUCACAGGUGACAAUUUGACACAUAAAUGGAAUUGUACAGUAGCUGAAGCAGAGUGUUUAUUGUUUGUUUAUAAAGAAUAUGUUUUAUACUAAAACAAAAAAGCUGUUGUGUGGUAGAUGAUGCAGGGGACAUGUGUAAGUCUAAUAUUGUAAUUUUGUGUUUAUAUUUACUGCUUUUAAUUCUUUGCUUUUAACAGUUAAUAUGUAUAAUUUUUUUAGGAUUCAAUGUGUAUGUGAAAACCACUCAAUUCCACAUGUAAAAUUGUACGGAAUGUGAAUCAUAUUGGUUAUGAUUCCUAGCAGCUCAAAUUUGCUGAAGUCAGGUGUUAAUUAAGAAUAUUGCGCUUAAGAGCGCAUAUGCUCAUAUAUCCACAGUGAAGGUACUUGUUAUUAACUUUUAAUAUUGACAUUCCGUUGGGAAGCAGAGACUGUGCAAUCGAAGUGAAUAAAGGCUCAUAUGACAGACUGUGUGAAUACACAGCAGUAUUUGGUGCUAACUCACUGCUUCAGAAUGCAUCUUCGAAUGGACGUCUUAUUGGAUGUUUUUAUGAUGAAGAGAACUCUUAAAGAAACAGCGUGACCCAAACCCCGCCCACCCCUUCCAUUUCAACUGUCUGUGAUCUUAUAAAAAACAUCACAAAUGAGGAAUGGAAUUUAAACUACUUCUACUAUAUAACACCUUUGCUAAUCAACAUUUGGAUAAAACUAUAUUAACCAUCAUGCCUUUUGGGACAUCAAACUGGGCACCUGCUUUCAUUAGCCUUUGUGUUUAUGCUUUACUCCAUUUUAUUUCAGCAUGUGUGUAUAUUACCAUGGUAUAAUUUAUUCUGCUGUAUGAAGUCGUAGCUUUAGUGGGAACCUUGUAUUUGGUAUUUUCAGCCUGUUGGUGUCUUUACUGUAACACUGGCGUAAAUGUUAUCAAUUAAAGAUCUAAA